GCGAUGGUUCCCUGGAAGAUCCUGAGCAUAUAUAAACCGCUGGUGUUUACAGCGUUCAAAGCGAAUUCACACGUAGCAGUGGGAUAGCAUCUAAAAACACGCUGUUUUGUUUCAUUAUCACUGGAGAAAUCAAAACGAAGUCCCCAGAACGCCAUUCAAAUGCAGUAGAGUAUCCGGCAUCAAUUACCUAGAACUAAAGUUCGUGAAUAUUCUCCUCUUUUUAGAUUCGCAUACAUUUCACUGAAGGCAAUUAUGGUUGUCAUGACAAAGAAAGUGAAGACAUUCGAGAUCGUUUUCAGCGACGCUAGCAAGUCCUGCUAUUCGAGCGGGGACAAAGUGGCUGGGAGGAUCGUGGUGGAGGUGUGCGAGGUGACCAAAGUCUCGGCAGUCAGAGUCCUCGGCAUCGGAUGUGCUAAAGUGGACUAUAGCAAAGGAAAACAACGCUGCCGGGAAGCAGUCGACUACCUCAAAUACGAAGAAGCCCUCUACCUGGACGGCCAGCCUAGAGAUACAGACGGAUCCGUUACUCUCAGACCAGGAAACAAAUAUGAAUACAUGUUUGGAUUUGAGCUUCCUCAGCAGGGGAGUUUGGUCUCAUCCUACAAAGGGAAAUUUGGUUCCGUUCAGUAUUACGUGAAGGCCGUGAUGGAGAGACCAUCCCAGACUUCCCUGGAGUGUAAAAAAGAAUUUGAGGUUGAAGAGCCCUUGGAUAUUAACACACAUGACCUCCUGUCUCCCAUAGGUGGCAUGAAAGAAAAGAAGGUGACCUGCAUGUUCAUUCCAGAUGGACAGGUUGCCCUUCAGGCCAAGAUAGACCGCAGAGGCUUCUGCGAGGGCGAAUACAUCAACGUCAACGCCAAGUUUGAGAACACGUGCUCACGCAUUGUGAUCCCCAAGGCCGCCAUCAUCGCCAAGCACAUGUACCAGGCCAACGGGCGCACCAAGGUCUGGCGGCAGAAGCUAUCCUCCGUGAGGGGGAACCACAUCAUCUCUGGCAUGUGUGAUGCCUGGGAAGGAAAGAGCAUCCGCGUGCCCAAGAUCAUGCCCUCCAUCCUGGGCUGCGACAUCAUCCGAGUGGAGUACACCCUCAUGAUCUAUGUCCACAUCCCCGGCAGUGACAAGCUGUCCCUUGAGUUACCUCUGGUCAUCGGGACCAUCCCUUACAGUGGCUUCAGCAGCCGUUGCAGCAGCAUGAGCAGCCAGGAGGCCAGUAUUCACUCCAAAAGCUGGGGGUCAACCACCAUGUCCUCCCUGCCUCCCAGCUACAGUGACAUCAUCCGUGACGAGUCGCUUGACACGCCCCUCGUCCCCCUGUUGGACGACUACGACGGCAGCGACAGUCCUAUCUUCAUUCACGCCCCGCGGGUCCACUUAGCCCCUCCACCCGCUUACUCCGAGAUUGUUGAGGAACGUCCCACCAGUGGCUGUCUGCUGCAGGUUUGCUGAACUGCUGCAUUCUUCUGGAACUCCAGCAGUAGUCCGGCAUGUUUGGGCACAAGAGUGGGGGCAUUGUGCUGAUGGUUCGAUUCGCCCCCGAUGGACAGAGGAGGAAGCUGGUAUACCGGACUGGUCGUGGGAUGACCAUGUCUGUGACCGUCCUGUAAAGGCCGUGGAUAGAACACUGCAUUUAUAUGAAGUAUUCGUAGGCUUUAACAGUUCUGUUUGUGGAGACAGAGUUGGCAUACAUAUAUUUUUUUGUUAGCAAAAGCUGCAAUGUAAGAUUUUUCUGUAGACCAUAAGCAAUUUUUUGCCAUAUUGAUACCUCAAGGUUUAUUUUCAUGCAGAACAGUGUUUCAUUUUUAAAAAUAUCUUCUCAAAGCUUGAAGCCAGUAACCUUGCCUUCUCUGUCUUGCCCGUCCGUGUUAACGCCCACCGAGUCAUUCCAUGUGAAUCUUGCAUUAUAACAGGAUUCAGGGUUUUGUUAAAACCGCUUAAGAAAGCAAGCAGUAAAAACAUAUUAUGAAAAUGUAACGUUUUUGUUAAUGUAUUGCAUGUUGAUUAUUGUGUUUUGUUUUGUUUUGUUUAGACAGCACAAUGCAUCUUUGGUUUAAACUUGUGUGUAUAAGUUAUUGUGAAUUUAAAAAAAAAAAAAGCACUUUCUUAUCUGUCAUGCUGUGGAAGGACAUUUCUAGUCUUCCAAAGAUUUGGACUGAUUUGGAAAGAUAUGUUACAUGAUGUUACAGUUGUAAAUCCAGUAACUAUAGAACAAAAAUGACUAACAUGCUGUUUAUUUACAUCAGAAAGGGAAGAAUGCCAGUCUAAAUUGCUUACAAUGAAAGUAGCUGCCUUGAGAUGAUUGUAUUUGGCAUCUAUGAAUGUAGGAUGAGGGGUGUAUAUUUGAUAUUUGUGUUCCAUGGGCUUUUUGCAGAGACCAUUUCAGUUUUGGGACAAACAUAGAAGACAUUGCUGUUUUUUCAUGUUUGGGCAAAUUAAUGAUACUGGCACGUAAUUUUUUAUUUUAUAAAUAAAAUACAAAAUGUUAUUUUUGUAUGAAACCCCAUGGGUUGAUUUUUCUAUACAUGAUAAUAAAUAAACUUUUUUUUUUCUGUA